GCUGAGGCUACGAUCGAUCGGUUGCAACCCCAGCAUCAGCCAAACACACCCUUCCAAUACUGUAAUUGGGCGGUGUUUCAAGAUGUUGUUCAAGAUCCUAUCAGCUACAGCUGCCCUAGCAAGCACAGCUAUAGCCCACCCACUUUCCUGCAACACCUCCGCCCCACAACCCUGGGGCUUCUUCACAAACAACACCAUCUACCAAACCACCGGCAGCGAAUCAAUCACCUACCCCCGCUACACGGAACUCCAAGACGGAACCAUCAUCGCCACCGCCUCCCUCUCCGGCCACAACCCAAACUACUUCCCUAUCUUCGAGUCGAAAGAUGGUGGCGCCUCUUGGGAACAUGUAUCUGAUCUGCACGACACGGUCAACGGGUGGGGUUUCAGCGCUCAACCUGCGUUGACAGAGUUGACGGAGCCAAUGGGUGGCUACGCCGCCGGAACCAUUCUGGGUGGAGGAAAUAGCUGGAGCAACAACGGAACGAGAAUCGACCUCUACGCCAGCACGGAUGGAGCGCGAACCUGGGAAUUCGUAAGCCAUGUCGCUGAGGGCGGGCGCCCAAAUACUACGAAUGGCGCCACACCGAUCUGGGAACCAUAUUUCCUCCAAUACAAAGGCGAACUAAUAGCCUACUACUCGGACCAACGCGACCCCCUUCACGGCCAAAAGCUCGCCCACCAAACCUCUUCCGACUUGAAAACCUGGGGGCCAGUCGUAAACGACGUCGUCUAUGACGAAUACCUCGCGCGCCCCGGCAUGACAGUCGUAGCCUACAUCCCGCCGCUCGACCAAUGGAUCCUCGUGCACGAACUCCCCAUUGGCAACUCCUCGUCCUAUGGCCAAAACUACCCCGUCUACUACGUCAUGGCCGACGAGCCCACAAACUUCCGCAAUUCGGUCGGCCGCCCCAUCGUUGUAAACAACAGCACGGUGCCAAAUGCCAGUCCGUAUGUGGUUUGGUCCCCACUGGGUGGUCCCAACGGCACGAUUAUAGUGAGUGACGCGGAUAGACGCCAGGUGUAUACGAAUUCCGCGGGCGGCGCGCUGGACAAGUGGGAAGAGCAUGCGACGCCUGCUGGUGCAGUGUAUUCGCGGGCAAUUCAGAUUUUCAAGAAGAGGCCGAAUCACUUGUUGGUUUAUGGGGGCGAGACGUAUGAUGGCAGGGCGGAGGGGCUGCAUACGCCGUUUUCGGCGACGGUGGUUAGGCUGGAUGAGGUGCUUAAGGCGCCGAGUGUGGAGUAAAUAUGGGAGAUGGGGAAAGGUACCGUUGAGAUGUGGUAUGCUAGAUGGGAAGUAUGGUAUGCACGAGAGGGAAUCAACUGUUGGCCCAUUAAGAAGACUUUUUCUUCGUGAUUGAGUCCCCAACAUCGACCCUUCUUAUCAAAAGCUUCCAGUGUUUCAGCCUCGGUACCUCCCUAGUCUAAUGCCUCAUCUCUCGAGCAGCUCGGGCACAUGCUGAGAGCUAUGUUGCUCAUAUAGAAUGAAUAAGACUACUGAGUAAUAAUAUCCUUAGUGGUAUUACAUAAC